GCUCUUCCCGACCCCCCUGCAGCCGAACAAAAAGAAAAGCCCAGCUGCCAGUGACCCCUUGAGAAAACCAGUAGAAAACCUGAAAUUUCUCCUUCCUUUCUUGUUAAAUAACAAGUUUUAGGACUUAGAAACCCUCCCUAAAGCAAGGAAUUUCAGAUCUGCAGUUUCUCUUCCUCCCCUGUCCGUCGGCUGCCAUGUGGGUGUGUGAUUUCUGGGCAUUUUUCCGUCCGUGAGUUCCCCUGCAGCUUGCCGCCGGCUUCUUCUUCUCCAUGCAGCUCCGGUUUUAGCUGGAGAAUUCUGGUAUGUGGCAGCCCUCCAAGCCCCCGAAUUUGUCCUUUUUUUUUUUUAGGUUUCCCGCCCGGUAUCUGGGCUUCGCCCCGACUACUCCGGACUCGACCAGCUGUGGCGCACCAGAAUGGUGGGUGGGUGUCCCAACGAAGGCUGCUGCGUACAGAAGGUUUCGAACUCGAGACCUUACUUAAGUUGGAACAAGUCGCUUGCCACUUGAUCCAACCCAUUGAUGGUCCGAAUUUGUCCAUUUAUUUGCUUUUAAUUGCUGCCCUAUUGUGUGUCCGAAUUGUGCUAGAAAAAUGGGGGAAUUCCGGUAGCUUUAGGAUAAAGUUUAAGCAUUAAUUUAAGUGGGAUUUAUGUGAUUGAGUGUUAAAUGACUGCUGUGUGAUUUUUGGAGAAAAUCUCGUGAAUUAGCUUUGGCCAAUUUUUGGAAGUGUAGUCACUGUUCACGGUCACUGUUCACGGUCACUGUUCACGGUCACCGAGGCCAACAAUUAAUGGGUAUUUAAAUGAUUAGUUUGUAAUAUAAGAACGAAUUUGGAGAUAUUUGAUCACGUGGAGACUGAUAGAAAUAGCAUCGUGAUUAGGGGUAGUCAUGAUGAUUUCAGUGUGAAUUUGUGAUAGUACGAUAAUUAAUUCUCGGAUAUUUUGAUUAGGUUCUUGAUCCUUGGGGUGCUUUAGUACGUGAAUUGAGUGCUCGGUUUUAUGCGAGUGAGGAAGCGAAACGAGGACGGGAAAACCACGGGAAGUGACGAGCUAGAAGGCUAGCCAUUUUGAGAUUGAUAUAGAUUUUAGAUAUAGACCAUGAUCUUAUAAAUUGGAUUUUAAUUGGAGAUUUUAUAAAUUCAUUGAAUGGAUUGUUAGUGACAAGAGAUUUGAACUUGAGAUUUUGGUGGUAUUAGAUUGUGAUAUGAUAAGUUCCGAGCCUUGUGCAUUUGUGGGACCCUCCCAUGAGUGCACGGUGUUUGUCGCGCCUCAGAUUCAGGUUCUGGGGUGUGACAAAAGCCCUGAGGGUGGUCCUUGGAUUAGACACUCCAAUGCUUAAAUCAUCAAUAGUCUAGUCUACACUCUUGAGAAAACAAAAGGAAAGAGACAUUUAUCAGUUUUUUCAUCUUACCUUUAGGAGUAGCCUGGGGAAGUAUUUGUAUGUCAUGAUAGGGCAUCUACAUGGCUUACAUAACACAAUAAUCGUGAUAUGAUGUGUUUGACGGAAUAGAUGUCUUUGGUGAACGUAAUGUGUCUUAAUGGAGCAACCGUAUUAAAUGAGUGUGGUAUGUUCUGAUAGAGUAGGUCUCUUGGAGACGGAGCAUUAGGAGUUUAUUUAAUAUUUAGACCUUUGGCUUUUCAUAUUAAGCUAAUAAAUGUAAUAGUUGGAGAACUUAUGUUUUUCUAUUGCACUUGACUCUUCAACUUUUCUUUUUUGCUUAAGUUAGUAAAUUAAUAUUACCUUU